AUGGAACAACUUCUAACCCAGCACAAAAAGGAACAAAGAGACCUCGUAAGCCGAAUCACUGGUCUCAAGAAGCAAGCCACCAAGAAGAACAGAAAGUCUGUGCUUUCCCAGUGCGAACAGCUUCAAAAUGACUUAGAUACGAAGCAAAAACGUGAAAUCGAAGAGCUCAACGGAACCGCUCCAGAAAAAGACGACGACGUCUCUCCAGAAGCUCUUCUUGCGUCUAUGAGCCUUGAAGAAGCCUCAAAACCUGUUUCUGAAUCCUCAGAACCCUCGUCAAACCCCAAAACCAAGCGUAACAGAGCCAAAGAACGGUUGCAAAAAAGACAAGAACAGUUGGAUGCCAUGCGAAGCCAGGCGUUGGAAGAAGCCGCUGGAGAAACCGAUUAUAGAGCCAUUGAGCAGGAGCUGAUGGGCAAAGUGCUUGCAGCCAAUGGGCUUGCAGCGUGGGCGAUUAAGCCAGAUGGACACUGUCUAUUUGCAUCCAUUCAAGACCAGUUGAAACAGAGACUGGGCGUGGAGGUUAGUAUAGAGAAGUUGAGAGAAGAGGCGGCCGAGUACGUUAGAAAGCACCGGGACGAGUUUGUGCCGUUUUUGUUUGACGAACAGACGAUGCUGUUGAGAGACGUGGAUGAGUAUACUAGAGAAUUAGAAACCACGGCCAUGUGGGGGUCAGACAUGGAGAUAAUCGCUUUGGCCAGGCGGUAUGGUGUUGUGAUUAAGGUGUUUAGUGCUGGGCUGGCGCCAAUCAUGUUUAACGAGGACCUUCAGGGUUUGGAGGACAGAGAGGAUGAAGAGGAGGAUAAAGAAGAAGGCAGUCUUCCAGAACCAGGCACAAUGCUCUACUUGGCAUUCUACAAGCACAACUACGGGUUGGGCGAACACUACGACUCGUGUAGGGACGCUGCCUAG